UAUAUGCAGAGAAUAUCCUCCUUCAAUUUCUCCUUACUUCUCUCAUUAGCUUAUAUAUAUUUUUUUCCCUUUCUAAGUUAAAUUCUUGUAUUAAUCAAUCAUGCAUGGCUAUAAAUUUGUAGAAUAAUUUCCUUGGUCUAAAUUUUAAUGAGAUCUCGAUUCGAAUUCGGUUUGCGAAUCGAUUCAGUGUGGAAGGGAUCAUGCCAAAGAAGCACAAGCCUAAACGCCUUUAUCAAGUUUGGAAAGGGAACAAUAGGUUCUUUUGCAGUGGACGACUGAUAUUUGGUCCGGAUGUAGCCUCAUUGCUCAUAUCCACACUUCUAAUAGUUGUACCAACAAUCAUGUUUUGCUAUCAAAUAACUGCUAAAAUCCACAAUCGUGAUAAGUUGCACGACGAGGUAAAGAUCAAUGCUCAACACCCAGUACUCCAAUUUCCGGUGCUAAUCGUAACAAUCAUCGCAUUGAUAACGGACUUGUAUUUUCUCUUUAUGACAUCUUCUCAAGACCCGGGAAUAGUACUGAGGAAUGCAAGGCCACCGGAAGUGGAUGAAGCAUCUGAUAUCCUGACUCCGUCGAUGGAAUGGAUUAAUGGGCAGACGCCAUGCAUGAGAGUACUAAGAGCAAAGGAUGUGAUAGUAAAUGGUUUUGCUAUAAAAGUGAAGUACUGCGACACGUGCAUGCUGUACCGCCCACCGCGUGCCUCUCACUGCUCGAUCUGCAACAAUUGUGUUCAGAAGUUCGAUCACCAUUGCCCGUGGGUCGGUCAGUGCAUUGGAUUAAGAAACUAUAGGUAUUUCAUCUUAUUCAUAUCAACAUCAACUUUUCUCUACAUAUACAUCUUCUUGUUCUCGACGUUGAACAUUGUCGGAGAGAAGAAUAACUAUCCUGGUUCUAUUUGGAAUGUCAUGAAAAAAGAGGUUCUGUCGCUUGUACUUAUGAUUUACACUUUUGUAACAGUUUGGUUUAUCGGUGGGCUGACCGUGUUUCACCUCUACUUGAUCAGCACAAAUCAGACAACCUACGAAAACUUCCGAUAUCGUUACAACAGAAAGGAAAAUCCGUAUAGCAAGGGUAUCUUAAGAAGCUUUACAGACUUAUUUUUUUCAAAAACCCCACCUUCGAUGGUUAAUUUUCGGUCCCGGAUCCCCGAGGAAGCGCCAGAAACUCGAUCUUAUUCUCCAAAUGCUGAGAUGAGUAUGAGCAGCGCAAAAGAGGAGAUUGAUAUAGAAAAUGGUAGCAAGGAAGCAUCAAAUGAACACAUUCCAGGCAUACUGCAGAACCUGGAAUACAGUUCUACUGAAGAUAAUAAUUAUAAUUCUGAUGAUGAAGAGACAAGAGAGGUUGAUCAUGUUUCUAUAGAAGCAGGUGAAGCUAUAUAUAGAAGUGCUUUUAUGGAAGAAGAUAGAAUGACUGCUGCUUAUGAAAGUGCUCUUGAGGAAAGUUACUCGAGCUCAACCUUGAUCAUCUCUGAUCAUAAUCUUCACAUAUCAAGGACAUGAGGUGAUAAUUUUUACCUUGUUAAUUAGCUUCCUUAUUUAUACUUUUCUAUAUAUUGCCCUUUUUUU